UUUACUUGAUGUGUAUAUAAAGCAGAAAUGACCAGAAGCUAAUGUGUUAGGUGGCUUGUGAAUGCAAAUUGGGGCUCUAGUUUAUGGUUUUACUACCUCUUUAAGAGACUAUGAUCAAAGCUUAAGGGCUUUGAAUCCUGUGGAUUUUUUUUUAUGAAUGUUCUUAGUGUGAUGGCCGCGCUCGAACAUAUUACGCGGCCAACAAAAAAAGGUUAUUAUGGGUCGGGUUGAUCAGAUGUCUACUUUUAUGCUCUUCUCUAGUUGGAUUUUUCCCAACCCGACCAGAUAAACUUUGAAGAGACUCUUAGUGCUUUAAUGGAGAAUAACAAACUAGUUUCCACCAUUGAUCUAUGUAAUGGAUAAAAGUCAAAAAGCUAUUUUCUUCCAUUGCUUAAAAUUUGACGAUUGAUUCAUCCAGAUCUUUAGGGACUUUCUUUGUUUAGAUCCUUGACCAUUCUAAGAAAAGAGUUUCAAAACAUGUCGUAGUCUAUCUCUAUCAAGUCAAACUUUCAAAAGUUUGUAAUAAUGUUAUUGAAACAAUAUGGUCUAAGAGUUCUAUAUUUAGAUUACAUGAAUUUUCAUGUUGUAGUCAAAGAACAAAAGUCUUUUCAGUUUCUCUAACUAUAUGCUAAACAUAGCUUGUUCGGGUAAUCCUCUCCACCACGAAUUUUUCUAACUAAUUUUGUUUCUCUUUCAGACAGAACGACGGAAAAUGAGAAAAACACCAGUAACCUCAUAAUUACAAACAAAAAAAAACUAGACAAAACGAGAAAAUAGAAAAGAAAAAAGAGUGUGUACCUUGUUUUUUUUUUUCUUGCAAGGUUUUUGCUUCUUGUUCAUCCAUGCAAGUCCUGACUUUCUAUGGUUAGGUUACAGAGACAAUAAGAAAUAAACUUCUAAUUUUGUCCACAAGCGUAAAAGUGAUCUUAAUUCUUACAAAAAAGAAAGCUUUUCUCUCCUCAUUUUUUGUUUAAGGCAAAGAGUCUCUACCCGUUGAUGUGUCAGCCAUGAGCGGGAAAACUCGGAUUCUCUUUUUCCUCACAUGUCUCUCCUUUCUAUUGGUUUUUCCAACUAGAUCUAACGGACAAGAUUUAGCUCUGAGCUGCGGGACAUCAGAAGCUUCUGCUGACCAAGAUAAGAAAAAAUGGGAACCAGAUACAAAGUUUUUAAAGACUGGAAACUCAAUUCACGCAACGGCUACAUAUCAAGACCCUUCACUUCUCUCAACAGUUCCUUAUAUGACAGCCAGAAUCUUUACAGCUCCAGCAACUUAUGAAAUCCCGAUUAAAGGAGAUAAAAGACAUUUGCUUCGGUUAUAUUUCUACCCAUCAACAUACACCGGUCUCAACAUUUCCAACUCGUAUUUCACUGUGGAAGCUAACGAUGUUACCUUACUGAGCAAUUUCAGCGCCGCGAUUACGUGUCAAGCUUUGACUCAAGCUUAUCUGGUUAAAGAAUACUCUCUUGCACCCACUGACAAAGAUGUUUUGAGCAUCAAGUUUACCCCUUCAGAUAAAUACCGAGACGCAUUUGCCUUUAUAAACGGUAUCGAGGUGAUUCAGAUGCCGGAAUUGUUUGACACGGCGGCUCUUGUUGGUUUCACAGACCAAACAAUGGAUGCCAAGACUGCGAAUCUUCAGUCAAUGUUUAGACUUAAUGUUGGUGGUCAGGACAUCCCUGGAAGCCAAGACUCCGGUGGGUUGACAAGAACUUGGUAUAAUGAUGCACCUUACAUCUUUAGUGCGGGUCUUGGUGUUACACUUCAAGCAAGCAACAAUUUUAGGAUCAACUACCAGAACAUGCCGGUGUCUAUAGCUCCAGCCGAUAUAUACAAAACCGCAAGAUCUCAAGGCCCAAACGGAGAUAUCAACCUCAAAUCCAAUCUUACAUGGAUGUUCCAAAUCGAUAAGAACUUCACCUACAUUUUGAGACUCCAUUUCUGCGAAUUCCAGCUUUCCAAGAUCAACCAGAAGGUUUUCAACAUUUACAUCAAUAACAGAACAGCGCAGGCAGAUACUACUCCUGCAGAUAUAAUAGGGUGGACAGGAGAGAAAGGAAUCCCGAUGUACAAAGACUACGCGAUAUAUGUUGAUGCCAACAACGGAGGCGAAGAGAUUACACUUCAGAUGACUCCAUCAACUUUUGGUCAACCGGAAUAUUAUGAUUCAUCUCUUAACGGGUUAGAGAUUUUCAAGAUGGACACCAUGAAAAAUCUUGCGGGUCCAAACCCCGAGCCAUCGCCUAUGCAAGCUGAGGAAGAGGUUAAAAAAGAAUUCAAGAACGAAAAGAGACACGCUUUCAUCAUUGGUUCGGCCGGAGGAGUUUUAGCGGUUUUAAUCGGUGCCUUGUGUUUCACGGCCUACAAGAAGAAACAAGGAUAUCAAGGAGGCGACUCUCACACAUCAAGUUGGCUUCCUAUAUAUGGAAACUCUACCACAUCAGGAACCAAAUCAACCAUCUCAGGGAAGAGCAACAAUGGAAGUCACCUAUCCAAUCUCGCAGCAGGUUUAUGCCGUAGAUUCUCUUUACCAGAAAUCAAACACGGAACACAAAACUUCGAUGAUUCCAACGUCAUUGGAGUUGGAGGGUUUGGUAAAGUCUACAAAGGAGUUAUAGACGGCACAACUAAAGUAGCGGUAAAAAAAUCAAACCCAAAUUCAGAACAAGGACUCAACGAAUUCGAGACAGAAAUCGAACUCCUCUCAAGACUAAGACACAAACACUUAGUCUCCUUGAUAGGAUACUGCGACGAGGGAGGAGAAAUGUGUCUCGUAUACGAUUACAUGGCAUUUGGAACACUCCGUGAGCAUCUAUACAACACAAAGAAACCACAAUUAACUUGGAAACGAAGGCUAGAGAUAGCUAUUGGAGCAGCAAGAGGAUUACAUUACCUUCACACAGGAGCAAAGUACACGAUUAUACACAGAGACGUUAAAACAACUAACAUCCUCGUAGAUGAGAACUGGGUAGCCAAAGUUUCAGACUUUGGGUUAUCCAAAACUGGACCUAACAUGAAUGGAGGCCAUGUAACAACCGUCGUCAAAGGAAGCUUCGGUUAUUUAGAUCCUGAAUACUUCAGAAGACAACAACUGACUGAGAAAUCAGACGUUUACUCAUUCGGAGUUGUUCUGUUCGAAAUCUUAUGCGCAAGACCAGCGUUAAACCCGAGUUUGCCUAAGGAACAAGUGAGUCUCGGAGACUGGGCAAUGAAUUGCAAACGAAAAGGGAAUUUAGAGGAUAUAAUCGAUCCGAAUCUGAAAGGGAAGAUCAAUGCAGAGUGUUUGAAGAAAUUUGCAGACACGGCGGAGAAGUGUCUUAACGAUAGUGGAUUAGAACGGCCGACAAUGGGAGAUGUUUUGUGGAAUCUCGAAUUCGCACUUCAGCUUCAAGAGACUGCUGACGGGACUCGUCAUCGGACUCCGAAUAAUGGAGGAAGCUCUGAGGAUCUCGGUAGAGGAGGCAUGGCGGUUAACGUCGCCGGUAGAGAUGAUGUGAGUGAUCUCUCCUCAGAGGACAAUACCGAAAUAUUCUCUCAGAUUGUAAAUCCCAAAGGACGAUAAGGAUUAGAAAAGGAAUCUGGGUAACAAAAUUUGAAGAUGAUUUCAUUUAUAUUGAGUGGUAUUUUUCAAUAAAAACAUUUGUAAAAUUAUAUCCCUUUGUGAUGUUACAUGUAAUCAAAAAUACAUUGUAUUAAGAUUCGUAGUUAGAAUUUUUCUAUGGUAAAUUUUUGUAUUAAGUUAUAUUUUACUGAGUUUAUUAAGCUAGAAACAAAUUAUUAUAUUAACCGGAAAACUGUAUAGUAGAAAA